AUGGUUCGCCAAGCAAAGAAUGCAUACGAGACCGGGAUGCGGAUGAACCAGGACACGGUGCUCUUCUCACUGCUGUCGUCUGAUUUGCCGGCAGAAGAGAAAAUAGAAGAGCGGCUGUCUGGCGAGGCGAACGUGUUUCUUGCCGCUGAAACGGAAACAACGGCGACCGUGCUCAGUCUUUGCACGUACCAUCUCCUGAAGAACCCGGACAUCGUGGCAAAGAUGAAAGCCGAGCUGUGGGCGGUGGUGAAGGACCCGAAAGCGCUGCCUGAAUGUUUCGUUCUCGAACGGCUACCGUAUGUGAGUGCUGUCAUCAAGGAGAGGCUCCGCCUGAUGUACGGACUCUCGUCGAGGUUGCCCAGAAUCGCACCCGACGACGAUGUCCUAUAUCAGGGCACGUGGAAUCCUCCCAGAACGACACAAGAAGUGAGCGUCAGACAAGUGAUCCCCCUAGGUUACGCCAUGCGCAUGUCGGCCUACCUGGUCCACACGCAUAAACGUCUGUAUCCGGAUCCAACAAAGUUCACUCCUGAAAGAUGGCUUCUCAGAGACGGAAGGAAAGGAAGGCAUCUUGAGCGGUAUCUCCUCACUUUUUCGAGGGGCAGCCGACAGUGUCUCGGCAUGCAGUAUGUUCUUGCCGUCUCGUCUUUGAUUACCCUGUUCGGACACCCAGCUGACCACACAGCCUCCGACCGGCUAGCGUACUGCGAGCUGUAUGUUGCUAUCGCGGCGUUGACUCUGAGAGUCGUGGAGAACAUGAAAUUGUACAGCACAACAGACGCGGAUGUUGUAUAUGACUUCGAUCUUGCCCUGGGAAUGACCAAGAGGGGCAGUGAGGGUAUUCGGGUCGAGGUGUGCUGA